AUGGACAUGCGGCAGUUCAUUGGCAUGUUUGGCCUCACCAUCGGUCUCAUUCGUGCCGGGCUCUCACUGAACGUGAUUCGCUUUAAGCAGAAGUUCAAGCACUACAUCACCUUUAGUCUGAUGCCCAUGUCGAUGGAGAUGGUGGUGCACGGGGUGUGCUGCAAGUUUAUCUACCACUACCCCAACUACCGCUGGGCCUUUGCGGAGGGCUUUCUGCUGUCGUCGAUCGCGCCCAGCGUGGUGGUGCCGGUCAUCAUCUCCUUCCAGCGUCGCGGCUACGGCGUGCGGGAUGGGCCGUCGAUGAUGAUGCUGUGCUCCAUUGCGGUGGACACCGCUAUGUGUGUGUGGGGGGUCGAGUUUUUGCUCUCGUUCGAGUUUCGCAAGAUGAGCACCGUCCUUUUAAUUGUCCUCACACCGAUUCAAAUCCUUUUCGGCCUCAUUGGCGGUGUCAUCCUCGGUGUCCUCGUGUUCGUGGUGACAUUCUACAUUCUGUUUAUGGAAGGCGAGCGGCUGCCGUCGGUGCGGACCGACCGCGCGCUCACCCUGCGCCACUCCGUCCACGUGCGCUACAUCUCCAUCUUCUUCAUGGUCCUCGUUGCCUUCUCUGCGGUGGCGAUUGGCAAGCGCUUCUCGGUGCUGGGCGGGUCGGCCAUCGGCGUGGUGACGAUUGCGGGCACCUUCAACUACCUCUGCGUGCGCGGUGGCACGGCGGAUCAUCUACGGGUGAAGGCGGACAUGGCCCAGACGCUGACCACGGUGUGGGACUACCUGGCGAUGCCGUCCCUCUUCGGACUCUCCGGGGCUGCGGUGAACGUGCACGAGCUCUUUGCUCGCUCCUUCAUUGGGCAGGCGUUUGCGCUGGUGUUCAUUGGGAUUGGCACCCGCAGUGCCUUUUCGAUGCUGGCGCCGAUGAUCACCCGCCUGGGGCUGUCGUGGCGGGAGAUUGUGUUCUUCGGACUCGGCUGGAUCGGGAAGGGGUCCGUGCAAGGGUCGCUUGGGUCGCUGGCCCAGACGUACGCCGCGAUGGAGCUGGCCGCGGCCACGACGCCGGAAGAGGCGGCGCUGGCACGCGAACGUAUCGACUACGGUCGCAAAAUGAAGAACACCGCCGUCUUGGGCAUCCUCGUCGCCUGUCCGUUGUGCUCCAUCUUUUUGACUCGCUUCACCGACCGCUUGCUGAGACCCAAUACGUAG